AUGCUCCUAUCUUCCUCCCUCUCCACGUCCUCGCUCUCGACCCUCUUCCGCAACUCGCACGUUUCAGUCCUCUAUCGAAGACCCGAAACACCCUCCCCACCCACCCCAGACCCCUCGCACCGCCCCCUCCCCCGCCUCUUCACCCUCGUCACUGAUUCGGCCUUUGUUCACGAACCGGAGAUCGUGUGGGAAUCGUUGGAGGAUGUGGAUGGGAGUGCAUCGGAGUUUUACGAUGGGGAGUUAAGGAAAAGUAGGCUGAGAGGAGGGGAUUAUGUAGGCUCUGGGUCGGGUGGGGCUAGAGGGAGGAAGGGUGCUUCGAGUAUGCCUCGUGGGGAGGGGGGGAUGGGUGAGAGUGGGUCAGUAGAAGGAGGGCAGGAAGCACAGACCGUGAGGAUCGAUCAUGAUGAGGAUUUGGCUCGACAGUUACAGUUUGAAGAAGAGAGGUGGAGGGUUGAGGAUGAUGAGAGGAGGGUAAGGGAGAUGCAGAGGCGGGAAUGGGAGGAUGAACAACGACAACAACAAUACCAGCACCAGCACCAGCACCGACCCCAUGGACAAUCAUCAUCGAACGUUCAAGCUCCUUCAACUGCCCAGUCUGCGCAGGCGGGAGGGAAGAAGGAUGUCAAGGCAAAAAAGGCGAAGACCGGUAAGGAUUGUUUGAUCAUGUGA